UGAAACCCUUCAUCUCUCCGUUGCAGCUUAAGCCGUCAAGACAGGAAAAAUGGUGCAGCGGCUCGUAUACCGCUCACGCCAUUCCUAUGCCACGAAAUCAAACCAAAACCGUGUUGUCAAAACACCUGGGGGGAAGCUAGUGUUUCAAUCCACAAAGAAGAGGGCUAGUGGACCCAAGUGUCCUGUAACGGGAAAGCGGAUCCAAGGGAUUCCCCACUUGAGGCCUGCUGAGUACAAGAGGUCUAGAUUAUCCAGGAACAGAAGGACUGUUAACCGUGCUUAUGGUGGAGUCCUAUCAGGCAGUGCUGUCCGGGAAAGGAUUAGAGCAUUCUUGGUGGAAGAGCAGAAGAUUGUGAAAAAGGUGCUGAAGAUUCAGAAAACCAAGGAAAAGCAGGCUGCAAAGAGCUGAGAAAUACACCUCACGAAUUUAAAUCUUGUGUUUUGGUGUAGAAGUUUUGGAUACUGUGGUCAAAGAAUCAUGACAUGAUGUACUCUAUGGGGGUUUUAAUAUUUAGCUUUGUUCACCAUUGAGAGAUUCAUAAGUUUUCCUUCAGUUUGUUGAAGUUUCAAUUUACUUCCGAGUCUUUGUUAAAACAAACAUAUUUAAUUAUUAAAAUCGAUAAAUUUAUUGGAAACAUGACUUUCAUCUCAAAUUAUGCAUCUCCAUGAUCUCAUUAUGGAAAUAACGAACAUUUUUGUGAUAACAAUGAAUUGCAUAUAAAAAACAGCUCUUGUGAAUU